ACGAGUACGAUUCUGAAACUGUGGGAAAAAGGGUUGUCUCAGACAAGUCCGACAGAGUGAACUCAGUCUAGAUUACCUGUUGCCUGCUGUUUCCUCUAGUUGACGAAGGAUCCCUGAAGUUGUGAAUCCAAAUUCCCCCCUAUUAAGGGUGGGCAGGCGAUCAGGGGGAGGAUUAAAAACUCAGAGGUCCGCGUGAAAAGAAUUGGCAUUCUGGUGUCCCGGACCGACGUUUGGCUGCGGUACCACUUCUUUCAGGACUGCGCGUGACCAGCGGACUUCUUGCAUCCUCAAGCAUGGAGAAGACGAGCGAGUCGGCUCCCGCUGACCUCAACCCAGCGGCCAUGAACAAGCUGCUGAAGCUCAUCACCCCAACACCCACGACUCCCGAGAGAGAACCCCAAAGGCUCCGGGGAUCCGUGGCCAAAUUUGUCGCCCAUCGCUGUGAAGGAUCUCUGAAGGGUGUGCUCUUCCCAGAGCUACCGGCGAAUGACAAGAGCGUAGGCAAGCAGGUCGUGUUGGACGACGCUCUCAAACGUUCGGAGAAUCUGCUGCUGGACUAUGAGGGCACGGGGCGGACCAGAGGCGGGAGUCCCAUGCCGCUGAAGCGUCGCCUCAAGGGAGACACGGCCAUGAGGAUGGCCAAUCGGUACAAGCAGUCCAUGGAGCAAGUGUUCCCGUUUCGAAAGCAAACCGAGACCAGCACACAAGCCAACAAGAGGCCCCUUCGUACACGGUCGCCCUCGUCCUGCAGAAUCAAAGACUUGAUGGAGCCGGAGGUAGUGAGCCCGUGAGAAGCAUGCAGUGGUCAUAAGGCCAUACUCUUAAAAAUUGCUCGAAGUUAACAAUGCUUUAACUGUUUUGAUAAUUUACAAGAAAGGAAAUAACAGCUUUGAUAUUUGCAGCGGUUAAUAAACUAAAACAGCAUCAACUGAGGCUAUGGACACAACACAGAAACACGCCAAUGCGACUCUGCAAUGCAACGUCCAGAUUUGGGUUUACGCUACCCCCCCCCCCCAGAUCUGGACAUUACUUUGUCUUUUCCCUUUCUCCAUCAAACACAAAUGUAAAGGAAGCCAUAGGAAUGUGAUAACCUUUUCCGAAAAGAAGUUAGCAAUAAAGACCUAAUUUCAAAUCUAUUA